UCUCAUAGCCCAUUUCUAGACGAGUCGAAAUGCUAUCUUGAGCAGCUGAGUUUCUCUCUCAAAACUCUAAAACAAUGGCGAAAGAUUCCGAGAAGAGGUUCAAUUCCGUCAUGGACAAGCUCUUCUACGCUCCCAAACCUUCACCGACCUCCACUUCCAGUGUAGAAGCAUCGAGGGGUAAAAAGCGAGCGCAUCCGUCUUCUGCGUUGGCGCUGGUGGAGCCGAAAUGGAGAGGUGUUAGAGAGCAGGGGUUUCGGCAUUGCUCAGCUCCGGCUUCACCGUCUCAGCCUCCGGUGUGUAGGCCGUGGGACCGAGGGGAUCUUAUGAGGAGAGUAGCUACAUUCAAGUCCAUGACUUGGUUUGCGAAGCCCAAGGUGGUAAGUGCUUUAAAUUGUGCCAGGAGAGGUUGGGUCAACAUAGAUGUGGAUACAAUAGCCUGUGAGUCAUGCAGGGCACGCGUCCUGUUUUCUACUCCGUCAUCUUGGAAUCAGCAGCAAGUUGAGAAGGCAGCUUUGGUAUUUAGUUUAAAGCUAGACAAUGGACAUAAAAUGCUUUGUCCAUGGAUUGACAAUGCCUGUGAUGAAAUGCUGGCAGAGUUCCCGCCUACACCACCUCCAGUUUUAGUGGAUAAAUUUAGAGAGCGCUGCUCUGCGAUUUUACAACUUCCAGUUCUUCCUGUGAUAUCUUCUUCAGCCAUUGAGUACAUGAAAAGCCCUCAGCUUGAUCAAUUUCUUGGACAGUCUUCGAUAUUUUUUGGCAAUGGGUCUACUGAAAUUUCUAGAAUAGAACACUCUGAUGAUGAAGGCAGUGCAGAGUCUGCUAAGUUGUAUUAUCAGGCACAGAAGCUUAUAAGCUUAUGCGGUUGGGAACCUCGCUCACUACCUUAUAUUGUCGACUCUGAGAAGAGGUUGAAUCAGUCUACACCUAAGGCAAAUGUUUUGAGUUCAUCUCAUUUAACUGCUAACAGCCAAUAUCCUAUCAUCAGUGUGCAAUAUGCCAGUAAUCAUGACCUAAUUGAGGCAAAUGAAACUUUCAGCAGUUCUAGUGCUCUACAGUCUGAAUCCAAUUCUGUGGUUUUAGAUUGCAAGCUUUGUGGAGCUAGUGUUGGAUUAUGGGCUUUCACUACCGUUCCACGGCCUGUUGAAUUAUUUCAAUUAGUUGGAUAUGCAGAAGAAAAUUCUGAAACUCAUCUUGGAACCCAUGAUUCAAGCACUGAAAGUCAUCUUGGCAAUAGGACAGAUGUGGUAAGUGCUGGCUCAGAUGGUGCAACAGCGUCAAAGAAUAGAUUUUCAAAUUUAAAUUUGACAAUUGCAGGGGGUCCCACACCAACAAAACAGAACUUUAAAGCAAAGAUUUCCUUACCUGUUAUUGGCCAGAAUUUAAGAGCUCAGUUUUCAUAUAAUUCUGAAUUCAGAGAAUGUUUAUCUUUUAGCCAAGAAGACAUGCAAUCUGGAUCCCAAAAAGAGAAUUUGCUUCAGGGGGGAGAAUGUUACCUAGAAAAUGCAGAAAAUGUUGGAUUGGAGAAUUCAGAAGUCAGUGACCCUGGUCAUUCCACAGCCCGUGAUGCCAAUAACACAUAUAAAGGCGGCGAAGACAACAAUAACUUGCUGGUGAUGGCUUCUAGCAAUGGAGAUUUGUUAGAUUCAGGAACAGUUGUGGAACACAGGCAGUCUCAAGAGUCUCCAUGUGCUCCAUCUAGCUUGGAAGCCAGUGCAGUUACCCAUUGCACCUCAAACCAUGAAGUUCGUCAAGAGAAACUGCAGAUUCCUGUAAACAAUGAACUUGUGGCCUGCAAUACUGGGAAAGAUCUAAGGCAUGCAUCCCCAGGUGGCACGAUGGAGUUUGAUUCUAUUAAGCAGCAUAGACAUUUCUGCCCCUGGAUUGCAUCAACAGGUAAUGGAGCACCUGGAUGGAAACAAACACUCUCAGCUUUACAACGUCAAGAUGGGUGUUCUCCUUCAUCUGCAUCCAUAAUCAAGGUUGAUGACCCCAUUACUUCAAUAAGAAAUCUUUUCAUGUCUCCAUCUCCGAAAAGAAUGAAGCCCACAGUUUUAACAACUCGGAGUCCUCAACAAUAGCUGAUUGGUCUUGUAAAAGGAUCUCCAAGCAGGUCCAGGAGUGUUGUGAUUAUGAUAUUGAAGUGGACAGUAGCAUUCCCAUUCGAAGCCUUAAAGUUGUUGUAGUCAUAGUACAAGAUUAGACCUGUGACUUUCCUUUGAUACCUCUACUGCCAAAGUGCAGCUCCAGCACUGAAGACAUCAAACUAUAGCAUUCACCUGGUUGAUUAAGCAACUUACUAUUUGAAGAAACAUGGUAUUUAGGUUUUUGAGGGAUUGAAGCUGAUUGGACUAUUACAAGAUUAGAUGUAUCGCCUGGAAGUGUCUCUGACUCUCUUACAAAAAUGUAGAACAAGAAAAAGGCUGGGAAAGUGUUCUUUUACUGUAUCAGGCCACAGUUUGUGACAACUACCUUGGCGUAAGGGCGGUUGAAUCCUCUUUCUGCGACGACAGCUCUCUUAUCUCCUAUCAGCUUGGCCACCCUGCCAAUAAAACAGCACCUGCUUUUAGUGUAUAUCAUCACAAUGGUGGAAGGAACUCUAGGAGGAUUGAAGUAUAAGAAGCUGCAGAUGAUUUUAUCCUUAUGUGAUUGUACUCUGCUUCGUUAAUUCCUGUAUUUGUUUUGACAAGGUCGUAAAACACUAAUUUUGAUCACUCGGACUAGUUACGAGUGUUAUAUCAGUGUAUGCGAACAAUGGAAAUGGUCAUAUGUCUUCAUAGGAUUUUCCAUA